AUGUCUCUUCUGGAGAACUGGCAAGCGGUCAAUGCCCUGACCCCAGGCCCACGGCUGCGGACCCCCGGCCCGCGGCUGCAGAGCCCAGGCCCGCGGCUGCAGACCUCAGGCCCACGGCUGCAGACCCCCUGCCCACUGCUGCGGACCCCCGGCCCGCGGCUGCGGACCCCCGGCCCGCAGCUGCAGACUCCAGGCCCACUGCUGCAGACCCCAGGCCCGCGGCUGCAGACCCCAGGCCCACGGCUGCAGACCCCUGGCCCGCGGUUGCAGACCCCCGGCCCGCGGCUGCGGACCCCCAGCCCACUGCUGCGGACCCCCGGCCCGCAGCUGCAGACUCCAGGCCCGCGGCUGCAGACCCCAGGCCCAUUGCUGCAGACCCCCGGCCCACGGCUGCAGACCCCCGGCCCACUGCUGCAGACCCCCGGCCCGCAGCUGCGGACUCCAGGCCCGCGGCUGCGGACCCCCGGCCCGCGGCUGCGGACCCCCGGCCCACUGCUGCAGACCCCCGGCCCGCUGCUGCAGACCCCCGGCCCGCUGCUGCAGACCCCUGGCCCGCAGCUGCAGACCCCCGGCCCGCUGCUGCAGACCCCUGGCCCGCGGCUGCAGACCCCGCCGUCCUCCGUCUCAAGGCCUGUCUUGCAAGACCCAUCGAGGCAGUGUGGACACAUCAGCUGGGGCCUGGGAAAUUGGGAGCUCUGGUUGUCUCCACCGGCCCCGCAUACGGGAGAAGCACCCCCAGCCUACGAACACAUCUCCACCCAUGGUGGGCAGUGGUCCCCAAGGACACCACACUGUCUACACGCCGCGAGAGAGAUGCCCGCAGGUGCCCACAUGCGGGCAGCCUAA